GAGCGGCCCCGGGAUGGAGCUGGAGAAUAUCGUGGCGAACACAGUGUUACUGAGAGCAAGAGAGGGUGGUGGUGGGAAAUGGAAAGGGAAGAGCAAGAAAUGGCGUCAGAUGCUGCAGUUUCCCCACAUCAGCCUGUGCGAGGAGCUGAGACAGGCAACUGAUAAGGACUAUAGGAUCCUGUGUGAUGAACAGCCUAUCGGGAGGCUCCUGUUUCGCCAGUUCUGUGAGACUCGACCAGAAUUGUCACGCUGUGUGAAAUUUUUGGAUUCGGUGGCAGACUAUGAGGUAACCCCAGAUGAAAAGCGAAAGGAUUGUGGUCAGUGUCUGGUGGACAAGUUUCUAAAUUCCCAGUCUCCUGAUUAUAUUUUGGAGGUACCCAACAGCCUGAGCAGCCACUGUUCACAAGAGCUGCAAAAUGGAGCCUGCAAGGAGCUCUUCAAGGAGUGUGACAAAUUGGUCCAUGAUUUUCUGAGUGUGGCACCUUUUGCUGAUUACUUGGACAGCCCGUACUUCAAUCGGUUCCUCCAGUGGAAGUAUCUCGAAAGACAGCCUGUUACUAAACAUAACUUCCGUCAGUAUCGCGUUUUGGGAAAGGGAGGCUUUGGUGAGGUCUGUGCUUGUCAGAACCGAGCCACAGGGAAGAUGUAUGCCUGUAAGAAGCUGGAGAAGAAACGAAUCAAGAAGAGGAAAGGAGAGGUCAUGACUUUAAAUGAGAAAGAGAUUUUGGAGAAAGUGAACAGUAGGUUUGUAGUGAGCCUGGCCUAUGCGUAUGAAAGUAAAGAUGCUCUGUGCCUGGUUCUAACUCUAAUGAACGGAGGAGACCUCAAGUUUCACAUCUAUCACAUGGGAGAGGCUGGCUUUCAGGAGGCACGAGCUGUGUUCUACACUGCGCAGAUCUGCUGUGGCCUUGAACACCUGCAGAAGGAGCGAGUGGUGUACAGGGACUUGAAACCGGAAAAUCUGCUUCUGGAUGACCAGGGUCACAUUCGGAUCUCAGACUUGGGACUGGCAGUCUACGUGCCAGAGGGACAGACUGUGAAGGGCCGAGUUGGCACUGUGGGCUACAUGGCUCCUGAAGUUGUGAAGAAUGAACGAUAUACAUUCAGCCCUGAUUGGUGGGGUCUAGGUUGUCUCUUGUAUGAGAUGAUUGAAGGACAGUCACCAUUUCAACAGCGCAAGAAAAAGAUCAAAAGGGAAGAGGUGGAAACCCGGGUCAAGGAAGGACAGGAGACCUACUCUGCCAAGUUCUCGAUGGAAGCACGUUCACUGUGUCAGAUGUUACUAAGGAAAGACCCGCAAGAACGAUUGGGCUGCUGUGGGAGGGGCUCAUCCGACAUAAAAGAGCACCCCCUGCUUCAGAACAUUAACUUCAAACGGCUGGAAGCAGGAAUGGUGCCAUCUCCAUUUGUACCUGAUCCACAAGCGAUCUACUGCAAGGAUGUGUUGGACAUUGAGCAGUUCUCAACAGUGAAGGGAGUGGAGCUAGAACCCACAGACAACAAUUUCUACACCAGGUUUGCCACAGGGUCUGUCUCCAUUCCCUGGCAAAAUGAGAUGAUUGAGAUGGAUUGUUUCAGUGAACUGAAUGUUUUUGGGAGUGACGGCUCGGUUCCCCCUGACCUGGACUGGAGGGGGCAGCCUGAGCCCCCGCCCAGGAAGGGAUUACUGCAGCGUCUCUUCAGUCGACAGGUCCGCUCUGGAAAUUGUCAGGAGGAGGCGGAGGAGGAAGAGGAACAUCCAAGUACUGACGCAGACACAUCCCGGAAACCCAUCCAUGCAUCGUUCUCCACUGAGCCAAAGGAUUGCAAAUGUUUACAAUUUUGCACAUAUCUGUACAUUUAAUAUAUAAAUAUAGGGAUGUAUAUUUUAA